AAAACCUUUUCUUUUUUCUUUCCUCUUCUUCACUUCCUCUGAGAAACCUUAUAGAUUCUCUCAUGGAUUCAUUCUGUUUUUGUAUAUUUAAUAUCUUAAUCAUCAUCAUACUUCUCCUAUCAUUCCACCAAUCUGAGUCUCAAUCUACACAUCUCCUUGAUCUCAUGAUCAGAGAUUACACCUUUAGAAACUUUAAGCUCAAUCUCAACACUGGCAUCACUCAGAAGAUCAUUCUCCCUUCUAAUUUCUCUGGUAUAGACAUCGACACGGUGAAGUUAAGGUGCGGGAGUCUGAGAAGAUACGGUGCAAAACUAGGAGAGUUUAACAUUGGUUCAGGAGUCACGGUGGAGCCAUGCCCUGAGAGAGUCAUGCUAAUCAGACAAAACCUUGGUUCGAAUUGGUCUUCAAUCUAUUCUACCGGUUAUAACUUAACCGGUGAAAAUUACCAGCUCGUGUCACCUGUUCUUGGGUUGUUAGCUUACAAUGCAAACCCUGACGGUGUGGCCACGAACCCUUACGAGGUUAACGUUGUGGGUACCGAUCAAAACCCAAUCUUGAUCGAUUUCUUGAGCAACAAGUCAAGUAUUGACCCUAGCCCUAAGGAGACGAUGAAGAAGAACUCAUCAGUCUUGUGUGCGUGUUUCACAAGAAACGGUAACACAACGUUUAGCCAGCAAGUGUCGCCCUAUGUGUGUAAAGGGAUAAGGCAAGGGCAUUACGCUCUCGUGAUGAAAACAGAAGCUCAAAAAGAUGACCAUGACAGUGAGGGUGGUGGAGUAGUGACGUCAUCUACGGAGGUGAACGGCACCAACGGAGGAGGAAAGCUGAGCCGGUGGAAAGUGGCGGUGGGGAGUGUGAUUGGGUCAGGGAUAGGGGCGAUUCUCUUGGGAAUGUUGGUGGUGGCUAUGUUGGUGAAAGUGAAGAAGAAAGCAGUGAGAGAAGAAAUGGAGAGAAGAGCUUACGAAGAGGAAGCUCUUCAGGUUUCAAUGGUUGGUCAUGUAAGAGCUCCUACUGCUUCUGGAACUAGAACUCUUCCUAGAAUGGCCGAUGAUAGGUAUAAACACACUCAUUUGAAUAAAUAA